CCGUCCCUAUUCCCAACAAUUCCUUCCUGAAGAUUCAAGCCCGCCUCCAGAGAAGGCAAAGGAAACCAGGCAAAACGUAUCGGCCCUCCUCCAGUCGGCAUCUCGGCCUGCAUCUAGUACGCGUAGGCGUACAUAUAUGUAUAUAUGUAUGUAUGUAUAUAUGUAUGUAUACCGUAGUAGUAUGUCUGUGUUCUGGAAGACAGAAAAUCAUCCGAGCACACCUCUCUGUCGAGACGUGUCCUCUCGGGGUCCCGGCUCACACAUCGUCCCCGUGGGCCACCCUAUAUUCCCUCUCCACUUGGUCACCUCCCCCCCUCCUACAUCUCGCCAUACCCGUCCUAGCUGGCAGAUGCACCACAGGCGGGAAUCUAGCACCAGCCGACCUAUACCCUGUGGGGCCGUCUCUCUCCUCUUCUCUCCCUCCCUCUCUUUCUUUCUAUGUUGUAUGUGUAUUGGCAACGCGAUAGCAACGCUAUAUGGGGAAAAUCGUAACAAGUUGUAUUUAAACGUCAUCAAACUUCCCCUCUCUUUCUUGCGGCGGCGGCGGAGCCGCGAAGCGAAAGCAGUCCACCUACACCUUCUCCGCUAGUACUACUGCUUCUUUGGCCCCCCUGCUUCCUUGCCUGCUCUCGUCCUCUAGCGAGUUGGCCGGAAUUUCGAGCAUGCGAGCCCGCUGGCUAGACGCGUCUUGAAUACCCAGGCAAAAGAAAAGACGCCACCUCUCGCCAACACUGGC